AUGGGCCCCUGUACCGCCCUCCUCAUGCUGCUGCCAGGCCCGUAAUCUGCCAUGGGCCCCCAUACCGACUCCUCAUGCUGCUGCCAGGCCCGUAAUCUGUCAUGGGCCCCUGUACCGCCUCCUCAUGCUGCUGCCAGGUCCAGAAGUGUGUCAUGGGUCCCUGUACGGCCUCCCAUUGCUGCUGUCUCCAUCGCCACACUCUGCCAUGUGCCACUUUCAGGUCUCCUCACACUGCUGGGGGUUCCAAUUUUUUCAUAGGGUGCUGUAUGGCCUCCCAUUGCUGCUGCCUCCACCGCCACACUGUGGCUCCACACUCUGGUUUUGGCCCCGUGACUGCCCAAAUGAGUGAAGUGUGCGGUGAUUCUAAGAUCGACGGCACUCAUCUGCAUGUCAUACUGACUGACAGUAUUAUUUCUCUUCCCAGCAGACUCCAAGGGCAUUUAAAUUAAAGGUACAGUGUUCUGCACUAAUUAUAA